AUCUGAAAAAGGUUUUUAAAUCAUGUCUGUUACGAUUGAGGAAGUCAAAAAGUUGGUCAAGGAAAUGUUCAAGAAGUUCAAAACUGAGACCGAAGAAAUGCUGAAACACCAGGAAAUCACUUUUGUUAACAUCGUUAGUUCAAACACCAAAAUAAUAAACGAUCGUUUGGAUAAAGUUGAACGUAACAUUUUAGAAAACUCAAACAAAAUAGCAUUUAUUAUGAAGGAAGUUGAUGAAAUUAAAAUCAGCUUAAACUUUCAUGAAGACUUAUUUAACAAAAAAAUUAAAACCGCGAUUGAUACAAUUACAAAAGUUAACUUAUCGAAUAUCAAAUCAAAUAACAACAGCGACGAGCUUUCAAAAAUAAACAACAAACUUAGAGAGAUUGAAGAUCAAUCGAGGCGGAACAACUUUAGGAUUGAUGGUGUCCCCGAAAACAACAACGAAAGCUGGAAUGACUGUGAACUAAAAGUUAAAAAAAUAUUUAACGAUUACCUUGGGGUUCAUAAUAUUAAAAUUGAAAGAGUGCAUAGGACAGGGAAAAUUAAAAACAAAAAACAUAGAACAAUCGUCCGGAAACUUUUAGAUUUUAAUAACAAAACCGAAAUACUCAAGAAUUAUUUUAAACUAAAAGGUAAAAACAUCUACAUAUCCGAAGACUACUGUAUGGAAACAAACCUAAUACGAAAGGAACUACGCGACAGAAUGAAAGUCGAACGACAGGCUGGUAAAUUUGCUUACAUUUCGUACGAUAAACUUAUUGUCAGAGAUUGGAAUACCAGAAAACGUAUUGAAACAUCAAACUCGCAUCCAAUAUGCCCACAAGAAGUCAAAGUAUCUCAAAUUGAAGAUGUUAACUGCGAAAGCAAAACUGCGCAAAGAAGGCGGAGACAUCGAUGAGUUUUUCUAUUCAUUGGCUGGUUUAAAAAAAUGAUAACAGUAAAAGUUAUUUUAAUACUGGCUGGAUUAUUUUCAUGUGUAAUAUUGUUUUAUGCCGUGCUGAUGUUAUACAAAUGUUUACGCAUUAAAAAACCUGAUCUGGAGAAUAAAGAAGAAAAUAAUAAAGAAAAAGUUAUUACUUUUUCAAAUAACUUCGAUAAACUAUAUUCGAUUCAAACAGUAGAGCCGCAAAUAGCAGUGGAAGAUAGUUUUGCGAAUGGGAGAUUCAUAAAGUACCCAUCGCCAUAUUUUUUCGAAAAAAUCGAAUCAUCGAUUUUAGGAUGUCGCAAAUCAAAAAGACGUAAUAGAGAAAAGUUUUUGUCUCGAAUAUAUAGAAAAAUUACGCGAAAUUAGUCUUGGUGAAAAUGGAUUUUCUUGGAAGAGACAUGUUUUAUUUAAUAUUUUAAUACUAAAAAUUUAUAGAUUCAAAAUUAAAGAUAAAAAAAUCAUUAUCUUAAA